AUGCUGUUAGAUGAUGGCCGAGUUGAUAUUGACUGCAAUUCGAAGCUUGUGCGCUCCCUUACGGCCGUUUACCGUGGACCGGCUCGAAAGUCUCCCAAAGGCCCGGCGCCCGAGUACUCGGCAGCCAGUGGGCAACAAACCGCAGAAUGGGCUACGAAGCUCAAUGUCGUCAUUCAGGUUGUCGGCAGCCGGGGAGAUGUUCAGCCAUUUGUCGCUCUCGGCACCGAGCUCCAGCGACAUGGCCAUCGCGUCCGUCUGGCGACUCACAACAUCUUUGACAAAUUUGUUCGAGACGCUGGGCUCGAGUUCUACCCUGUUGGAGGCAAUCCAGCCGAGCUGAUGGCUUACAUGGUCAAGAAUCCGAGUCUUAUCCCAAGCAUGGGCAGUCUCGUCGCCGGAGAGGUCCAGAAGAAGCGCCACAUGGUAGAGGAGAUGCUGGACGGAUUCUGGGACUCGUGCCUGCAGGACGAUCCGGUGACUGGGAAGCCCUUUGUUGCCGACGCCAUCAUUGCGAACCCGCCUAGCUUUGCUCACGUCCACUGCGCUCAGGCGCUGGGUAUCCCGGUCCAUCUCAUGUUUACCAUGCCCUGGAGCAAUACACGAAGCUUCCCACACCCUCUGGCCAAUCUCAAAAAUGUCAAUGGAGACGUCGGAAUUGCCAACUAUUUGUCGUACGACGUCGUGGAGUGGAUGACGUGGCAAGGGCUUGGUGAUAUUGUCAAUAAGUGGCGUAGAUUAAUCGAUCUGGAAGACGUGGCCAUGUUUGACGGUCCAAUGUUGACCAAGUCACUGAAUAUUCCGUUCACAUGCUGCUGGUCGCCGGCGCUGGUACCAAAGCCAGACGACUGGCCAUCUCACAUUGACGUUUGCGGAUUCUUCUUUCGCGAUGCUCCCAAGUUCGCUCCGCCUGCAGACCUUGUCCAGUUCAUCGAAUCUGGUCCCGCGCCAAUCUAUAUUGGAUUCGGUAGUAUCGUGCUAGAUGAUCCAGACAAAGUGCUUCGUACCAUCUUGGAUGCUGUGCGAGCCACUGGAGUUCGUGCCAUAAUCUCCAAAGGCUGGUCCGACAUGCCAGGGUCAGAUUCACCCGAUAUCUACUGGAUCGCGGAGUGCCCGCAUGAAUGGCUUUUCCAACAUGUCUGCGCCGUGGUCCAUCACGGAGGUGCAGGCACCACGGCUUGCGGGUUGAGGAAUGGAAAGCCUACCAUUAUUGUGCCAUUCUUUGGAGAGUAUCAAAGCAAUUCUAUCAUCAUUGAGACGACACGCUGGGAUCCUAUUUUCGGCGGGGCUUCAGCAGUCAUGGCAACGACAGUAGAUUUGACUGGGUCUGUCACGGGUAUAUUCACCAAGCCUGUGAAGGAGUGGCGCAACGAUAGGCGACAACGGGCCCGCGACCUACAAAAUCUUGAAAGUGAAAACAGCUCUUCCGUGAUGCACCAUGGACAUAGUCAAGACCAAAAGGGUCAGACUAGUCUCGACGGACGUUCCUCUAGUGACUCAAAUUUAGCUGCAAGCACCAAGUUCUCGAAGAAACAGGGCUCAUUGGCUGGGAGGAUGGCCGGCGCAUCAGCCAAAAGCAUCGGUAACUUUGCACCAACUGCUCUCAAGGGCAUGCUGGUUGACAUUCCGCUUGCCAUCACCGAGGGCCUGAACUCUGUACCGAAAAUGUAUGGAGGCACUGUCCGCGAUAACGGCCAAGUCACAGACGCCAAGAGUGGCGCCAUCGUCGCUGGCAAAACUUUUGCUCGAGGCUUUGUGGAUGGGUUUACCGACCUCGUGGUAGAGCCGUACAAUGGCGCCAGAAAAGACGGCGCCCUCGGAGCAGUCAAGGGCCUGGGAAUGGGAGCAGUCAGCCUGACAACCAAGAGCGGAGCGGCCAUGUUUGGACUGCUUGCAUAUCCUUCCUCGGGCAUUAGUAAAAGCUUGCGAGCUGUCGCCCACAGCAGGACUCGUGGAAGAAUAGCUCUUCAACGGCAUGCAGAGGGUGCAUGGCUGGUCAAAUCUGGAUCGAGGCGGAUCGACUCUGUGCAUGUUGAAGAUUUAGUUUCGGCAUUCAAUCGAUGGGGGAAAGAACAAUAG